AUGGAUCUGGAACAGCCAGGGAUGGACCGGGAAUAUCGGGAACAGUCAGGGAUAGACCGGGAACAGCCAGGGAUGGACCGGGAACAGCCAGGGAUGGACCGGGAACAGCCAGGGAUAGACCGGGAACAGCCAGGGAUCGGGAACAGCCAGGGAAUACCGGGAACAGCCAGGGAUGGACCGGGAACAGCCAGGGAUGGACCGGGAACAGCCAGGGAUGGCCCGGGAACAGCCAGGGAUGGACCAGGAACAGCCAGGGAUGGACCGGGAACAGCCAGGGAUGGACGGGGAAUAUCGGGAACAGCCAGGGAUGGCCCAGGAACAGCCAGGGAUAGACCGGGAACAGCCAGGGAUGGACCGGGAACAGCCAGGGAUGGCCCGGGAACAGCCAGGGAUGGCCCGGGAACAGCCAGGGAUAGACCGGGAACAGUCAGGGAUGGACGGGGAACAGCCAGGGACGGGCCGGGAACAGCCAGGGAUGGACCGGGAAUAUCGGGAACAGCCAGGGAUAGACCGGGAACAGCCAGGGACGUCCGGGAAUAUCGGGAACAGCCAGGGAUGGCCCGGGAACAGGCAGGGAUAGACCGGGAACAGCCAGGGAUGGACCGGGAACAGCCAGGGACGGAUCGGGAAUACCGGGAACACCCAGAGACUACCCGGGACCGCCCGUGUGCCAUCCUCGGGGCCCAGAGCGCUGCAGAGCCCCGGAGAAGCCGCACGGUGUGCGGGCAAUGCCGCAGGUGCGGGCCGUGCAGCAGCCCCUGCCCCCGGUACCUGCAGGGACCCCGCGGGAGGGCCCAGCCCGGGGCCGUCCCCCUGCCCUUCGCCUCCGCUCGCCUCGGCCCGGCCCGGCCCGCCCGGGGCAACCGCCGGACCCGCCUGGGCUGCCCCGCAGCGGCCCCUGGGCGGGAUCUGCGCUGCGGGAGCUGCCCCGGCCCCUGCUGCGGGCUGCGUGUGCCCGAACCAACAGCGGCUGCAGGGAUACAGUUUCCUAGCGGGGACGCUGUUGGAAGAAGACGACUUGUAAACCAAGAAGGAGAGACUCUUUGCAUCACCGCAGCAGCUGCUCCGGCGUGCUGAUCCCGCAGCAUCCCCACGGGAGAUGUUAAGAAACUUGCAAGUUGUUUCAGAAAAAGUGUCCAGCCUGCUCAGCCUCCAGAGGAGAUACUGAGAAGGGGAUCCCAUCCAUGUCUGUCCAUGUGUGCAGGGAAGGGGCAGAGGAUGGCCCAGGCUCUGCUGGGGGGGCCCAGCAAUGGCACAAGAGGAACGGGCAGGAACUGAUGCCCAGGAAGCUCCAGCUGGACGUGAGGAAGAACUUCUUUGCUGGGCAGUGACCCAGCCCUGAACAGAGACCAGAGAGGGUGUGGAGUCUCCUCACUGGGGAUAUUCCAGAACCAUCUGGACACAAUCCUGAGCCAUGUGCUCUGGGAUGACCCUGCUGGACCAGAAUGACCCACUGUGGUCCCUUCCAACCUGACCCACUCCGUGAUUCUAUGAAAAAUAAACUCUGACAGUUUUCCACUUGAA